AUGCCAAAGAAACCAAGAAGGAAACAAAAAGGAAGAAGGAGAAGGAGUUCGCGUGGAUGGACUCCGAGGAGGAGGGAGAUGAGGAGGAGGGGAAUGAUGGUGAUAAAGGUGCUGAGAAGGCAGACAGCAAGCCUCGAGAACCCUCUCGAUCGCGUUCACGCCAGCGUGAAAGAUCCAGGUCCAGAUCUAGGAGAUCGACCGAAGGACCGCGAUAGGGAGAAGGAUAGGGAGAAGGAGAAAGAGAAGGAGAAGGAAUCUGCAGAUGAUGAUGAAAAUGCCGAUGUCAGUGCUGAAACGCUUGACGAGGUGCAGAGCUUUGGGAAAAUGAUGAUCUUGGCGCCGGCUUUGCUGAAAAAGCUGCGCAGGAUGUCGCCUGAGAAUGUUGCGGCUGCUUGCAGGGCGAUGGCAAGGACGAAGUUCUUCGACGGCGACAUCUUGAGGGAUCUGAACGAUGUCCUCAAAAGAUUAUUGCAAAGAGAUCAGCUCUCUUCAGCCCAGGUGAAUGAUGCCCUGCAGUGCCUCUGGGAGAUAAAUGCUUACGACCAGAACGUGCUCAGUGCCAUUGCAUCAACUUUCAAGGGCAAACUUGCUAGCCUGGAGCCGAUCUACAGACAGACCUGGCGAGAAAUCUUCGAGGGUUUCAAGCACGAGAGGGACAAGGAUUUCCGACAACUGUUGGAAACCCCUCCCCUGACAGCAGCGAGCCCAGGGUACCAGAAAAUUCGGUGUUUUCACCACUCAAAGGGCUUUUGUGCCGUCGGUGACAAGGCAUGCACUUAUUCACAUGAUCCGCGAGCACCUCUGACUUUGGAGAUGUUUUCGGUACCUAUGCGGGCGUCACCCCUUGUCAUGACGCAGAACCAGUACACCAUGGGACGCACGAUCUAUGGUGGAGCCCGCAACGGGCAAUUCGCGGCCUGA